ACUUCAUUGACAAUCCACUGUCAGACAGUCAGCUCAGCCAAGUUAGCUGCUGUUUCUGUGUUGUAUAUCUGCUGCUAAGUCUUUACAUAUAUAUAUAUAUAUAUUUACCUGUGUGUUAUCCUGGAGGAGUUGCGUGAUUCUAGCAGCUGUUACUUUUCUUUUAAAGCCGCUCUCAGCUGCUCUGGAGGGGGGGCGGAGUGUCUGCAGAGAGCUGCGCCGACCAGGGCGCUCCAUCGCCGGGGAGAGCGAGAGAGACAUGGCGUGCCUGCUGGAGGCCCCUCUCCGCAUCAGUGUGCUGUCUGAAGUCACUGCCACUAGUCGCCAUUAUGUUGACAGACUGUUUGACCCCGACCCACAGAAAGUGCUGCAAGGAGUCAUUGACAUGAAGAACGCUGUCAUAGGAAACAACAAGCAGAAGGCCAAUCUGAUUGUCCUCGGAGCUGUACCGAGGUUACUAUACCUGCUCCAGCAGAACUCGUCCAGUCUGGAGCUCCGGACAGAGUGCGCCGUGGUGCUGGGCAGCCUCGCCAUGGGCACCGAGAACAACAUCAAGUCCCUGGUGGACUGUCACAUCAUCCCUGCUCUUCUUCAAGGUCUCCUGUGUCCGGACCUGAUAUUCAUUGAAGCUUGUCUUCGAUGUCUCAGAACGGUCUUCAUCAGUCCAGUCACUCCUGUGCAGCUGCUCUACACUGACCCCACUGUGAUUCCCCAUCUAAUGUCUCUACUGAGUCGCUCACAGAGAACCCAGGAGUACAUCACACAGAUCUUCUCCCACUGUUGCAAGACCCCCGAGCACCAGACGGUUCUUUUCAAUCACGGCGCCAUCCAGAACAUCGCCCCUCUUCUUAUCUCACCCUCUUAUAAGGUCCGGAUGCAGGCGUUAAAGUGUUUCUCAGUCCUGGCUUAUGAGAACACUCAGGUCUCCAUGACACUGGUGAAUGUGCUGGUGGAUGGUGAGCUGCUCUCUCAGGUAUUUGUCAGAAUGAUGCAAAGGGAUCAACCCAUUGAAAUGCAGCUAACAGCAGCCAAAUGUCUAACGUACAUGUGUCGAGCGGGAGCCAUCAGGACGGACGACAGCUGCGUAGUCCUAAAGACCCUGCCGUGCCUCGUGCGGAUGUGCAGUAAAGAGCAUUUGCUUGAGGAGAGGGUGGAGGGUGCAGAGACGCUGGCCUACCUGAUGGAGCCCGACGUGGAGCUGCAGAGGAUCGCGAGCACCACCGACCACCUAGUGGCCAUGUUGGCCGACUACUUCAAAUACCCCAGCUCUGUGUCCGCCAUCACUGACAUCAAGAGGCUGGACCACGACCUGAAGCACGCACACGAGCUGAGACAAGCUGCUUUCAAACUUUACGCCUCGCUAGGCUCCAACGACGAGGACAUCCGCAAAAAGAUCACAGAGACGGAGAAUAUGAUGGACCGGAUAGUCAGCGGCCUAUCAGAAUCCAGCAUUAAAGUCCGUUUGGCGGCCGUCAGGUGUCUUCACAGUCUGUCGCGGUCGGUGCAGCAGCUAAGGACCAGCUUCCAUGACCAUGCAGUGUGGAAACCCCUUAUGAAGCUGUUGCAGAACGCCCCAGAUGAAGUCUUGGUCAUGGCCUCCUCUACACUAUGCAAUCUACUGCUGGAGUUCUCACCCAGCAAAGAGCCCAUCCUGGAGUCAGGGGUGAUUGAAUUACUAUGCAGUCUGACCCAGAGUGACAGUCCUGCACUGAGGGUCAACGGGAUCUGGGCUCUAAUGAACAUGGCGUUCCAGGCGGAUCAGAAGGUGAAGGUGGAGAUUGUUCGGUGUUUGGGUACGGAGCAGUUGUUCCGCCUGCUAUCAGACCCCGACACCAACGUGCUGAUGAAGACCCUCGGUUUGCUGCGCAAUCUGCUGUCAACGCGACCACACAUCGAUCAGAUCAUGAGUUCUCACGGGAAGCAGAUCAUGCAGGCAGUGACCCUCAUCCUGGAAGCGGAGCACAGUAUAGAGGUCAAAGAACAGACGCUGUGCAUCCUCGCCAACAUCGCCGACGGCAACACGGCCAAGGAACUCAUCAUGACCAAUGACGACAUGCUCCAGAAAAUCAAAUACUACAUGGGGCAUUCGAAUGUGAAACUGCAGCUCGCCGCCACCUUCUGCAUCUCAAACCUUAUCUGGAAUGAGGAGGACGUUCAAGCAGUGGUCAACAGCGAUUGUGCCCACAAAGGUUCUCAGGAGCGUCAGGAUAAGCUGAGGGAGAUGGGCUUUGUGGACAUCCUGCACAAACUCACCCAGGCCUCCGACCCCAACCUCUGUGACAGGGCGAAGACGGCGAUGCAGCAGUACCUAGCGUGACUACAGAGGGGAGCGAUCCCCUUCUGCCAGCCUCACUAACAAUCGUCGGGAGGAGGACACCUGCCAUUGGUUCUUUUCUUUCUUGUUCUGUUUAACCUCGAGGCUUGUUUUGUUGCACAAAGACACCUUUUUUUGGACCUGUGGCUGGCCUCCCUUCACCUCCCACCUCCCAUCCACCAACAGUUCAGCUCACUCCAAACCUCAGCUUGGAGACCGUGGUUGUUGGGAAAUCAACGGUUAGGAGGAGUUCUCGUGGAUUUUGUUUUGUUUUGUUUUCAACAAUGAAGUGAAUUUUUUUCCUUUUGAGACUUUGUGAUUUGCAACUUUUUGUUUCUUUAGAGUGCAGAAGCCUGACACUAGCACCGCCUUGGUGCUUUUUGGACUCCCGAUAGUGGAGAUUCUGGUCUCAGAGAAGCGGACUACGAGGUUUGACACAGAGCUGUUGGACGGAAAAGCUUCCCAGUUUUAUUUUUAAUUAAUAUUACUAUUAAUAAUAAUGUUUCCUUAAGGCAAGCAAGGACACAUUUGGAAAAAAAACACAGACUGCCUAUUUUGAAAUUUUGGGUGUUUUCUUUUUUUUUGUGGAUACAUACCUCGUAAAUAUAUAAAUAUAUAUAAAUAUAAACAUAAAUCUAUAUUUUUGGAUUUUUAUUUUCCCCUGUUUGUUUUCAUUCAUUCUCUCUGAACCAUGAUUCGUGGCACAGUAGGGUGAAUCCACUGCAGUCUGUUUCUGACUCUGAACAUGGUCUCUUAGAGGUGAAUAAGGAAAAGAAAUGUAAUUCCCCUGAUUUAUUUUUUCUCUCUUCUCACCGUUGUGGUUCUGCGUGCACUGUCGCCUGUCACUUCUGUCCAAUAUCCUUAUAAUCCCAAUGGGAAAUGUCGUUCCAGAGUGCUCACUCUGACCUGCCCGGUUACGAAUUAACAGGCAUGAGUACACACCACCAGAGAUAAGAGGAUGCAUGUAUCCUCACAGCUCUUAGAAGACGUCAUGUCUGUUUUCUGAAUCCUCUGCAGCCCCCUCUUCCUCCUGUGUGUUUGUCAAAAGGGAUAAAUGAACGGUUUCUUUCCUCGGAUGUGUUUUGAGAAGCGAGCGAGUAGAUUUAAGGAAUAAAGGAGGAACUAUUUGAGACUGGCCCCUGGAGGGUAAAGCACUAAGUGCAUCCACAGCAGCAGAAUCAAGUGCUACAUUUCUUCCCCCUCGAUCGUAUAAUUUCUUCUCCCAUCAGGUUAUAUUUAGAGUGUUGUUCCCUGGCAUUUCAAACCUUAACUGAAACUCUGAUAGAAUGAAUGUUACCAUUGAAAAUAUAUGCAGACCUGAAGAAGGA